AUGGCGCGGCUGAUGCUAGCGCUGCUUGUGCCGGCGAUCGUCGCCGCACUAUCCCCGGACACGGACACUUGCAACCCGGACAAACUGACCAUAUACAGGAUGGUGUUGCACACGUACUGGACCCGAGAGAAGUUCCCGAAACAUUACCCGGAUUGGCGGCCGCCUGCGCAGUGGUCUAAGAUUUACGGUGUAUCACAUGACCGGUCGUACGUAUUAUUCAGACUUGGUCGCCGAGUGUCGGCCCCGGUCCGUCAGUUCGCGGAGUCUGGUCGCUCAGACGCGCUGGGCUCAGCGGCAGGCACUAUGGAUGUUUUUGGUGCGCCUGCGAUCGCGCAAGGCGCUGGGAGGACAGAAGCUGAGUUCUUUGUCGACGGAAAUCACUCUAGAGUUUCCGUGAUGGCAAGAAUGGUACCUUCCCCGGACUGGUUCAUUGGAGUAGACAGCUUCGAUCUUUGCGUUGAUGGCAACUGGCUGGACAGUAUUACUAUUGAGGUGGACCCCCUCGACGCCGGCACCGACAACGGGUUCACCUUUACGGCGCCCAACUGGCCGACCGCACCGCAGGGAGUGGCCUACCGCAUCACCUCCAAAUACCCUUCCCAUCCCGCCGGCUCCUUCUUCUACCCCCACUUAAGAAGACUGCCACCCAUCGCCACGUUCCAGUUUAUUAAGCUCCGCGAAUACGAGCUAUCAGAAGUGUUCCACCGAGCCAGCGACGAGCGAAAAUACGACGUCCUGCAGCUGGACAAGCUGAGCCACAACAACAUCGACGUGCUGGACGGGAACCGGGCGCUGUCCGUCGCCGAGGAGGUGGAGCGUGCGGAACAGGCACCCAGGAUAUACUCCGAUGGGUCGCUCACCACGCCUGAUGGGGCCUACUCCUACUACACUUUAUCGAACACGACAUCAAGUACGACCGAAGAGCCCCGCUCGGCCAACGAGCUGCCGACGUCAGGGCCGACCGCGAGCGAGCGGUCCGCGCUGCGCAGCCUCGCGCGCCGGUACCGCGCGCGGCGCCGGCGCAAGCUGCGCGUCGACACCACCGACCCUGCCGAGCGAAGGAAGCGGAAAAGAGCUAGACUGUUAGAUUGUCGCGUGUCUGACUGGGGCGAGUGGAGCGCGUGCCGCAGUGACGGCGGCUGCGUGGGCUCAGCGUUGCGCACGCGCAGGAUCAUCCGCCGGCAGCGACCGGGCGGCGCGCCCUGCCCGCCCACCGUCCAGUCCCGAUGGUGCGCUACUAACUGCACCCAAUCUGACAACUGGCGGAACAACCUCACGUAAUUCGAAAUUCGAACGGUUGAUUCAAAAUUCGAAGUUUAUUCUUUUUACGACAAAAUUCAUUUCCAGCUAGGCACUUUAUGUUUUAAAACUUCGACGUUAAAGACUUUUUCCGAUUUUGGUUGACUUCGUUAUUCUGUCUGUCCGUCCAAUUUUUUUUUAACUAUUUCGGUUUUAUUGGAAUUUUUGGAUGUAAAUUCAUCGGUGUAUAAAACUAAAAAAGUGUAUAAAAUAAAUUUAGUAAUACGACAUGAAGACUUAUUGUUUCCCGCUGUACCUAAUUAAGCUUCUUCCAAUUGUUUCGUUUAUUUGUCAAUUGUUAGACGUUACUAAGACUUAGGGUAAGUGGAAAGGAUUUUUUAAAUUAUUUUACGUUUACAUAGUAUUACAGAUGCUUGUAUUAGUAUAAUUUUCGAUAAAUUCCGAUUAUUAAUAGAAUUGUAAAGCAGAUUUCCAGCUCUAGUACAAAGUCAUUCGUGUCUUAUGCUGUAAUGUAACCUACUUAACCCCUGACAAUAUUACGGGAGAUGUUAAAAUAGAUGAGAUACAUAUCGUUUACGGAAAUGAUUACUUCGUGACAGUUCAAUAAAACGUAGCAUGUUUAGUGAAUGAAUCCAAAGAUGCAGCUUUUAUUUUUCAUACUAAUAAGUGUAAAGAAUUAAAUAAGGUAAGGUUAGGUGAAGCCUUCUGUAAGACUUUUUUAAUUUCUAUUGAGUCGGUUUGCUUAGUAGUUAUGGUUAGAUGCCGUCCACGGAGCGAAGGGGAUAGUAUGUGUUUCGUAUACAAUACAUAAAUUGUUCUUCAUUUAAAUAAUU